GAGUACACCAGAAACUUCAGUUUGACCUCUAUUUUCUGAACCACGUACUACGUAGCUUGACAAUAUCUGGCUAUUUUGAGAUUCAUUUCUAAGAUGAGACACUUGUGUGUCCUUUUAUACUUGGUGUACUUUCUCGUUCAAUUGUCUUUCUUUACACUGCCAUUAGCCACAGGCAAAAUGGGAUCUCAUCUUGCAAACGCAACUUGUAAACAUAACGAAUUUUACAUAAAUGGGAGCCUAAUUUUUUCGGGUUUGUUCCCUAUACAUUACGCUCCGCAGAACACCAGCACAUCAAAGCAGUGCCAAGGGAAGUUCAACACCCGUGGCUUCGAGGAAGCCCUGGCCAUGUUGUAUGCUAUUAAGCGAAUCAACAACGACUCGAGGAUUCUUCCUGGUAUCACCAUUGGUGCAGACAUUAAGGACACAUGUAGCAGCGUUGACUUUGCGAUCAGGAAGUGUUUGAAUUUUAGUUUUAUCAGGAAUAACAUGGAGGAUACGAUGUGCGAGAAAAAACAAGACCUAGAUGUCGUUCACAAUCCGAGAACAGUCGCCAUCGUUGGUCUGGGCUCCACCGAUGUGGCAAUGGCGGUUGCCAAUCUCGCAGGCCUGUUUUAUGUCCCUGUUGUGAGCUAUUCCUCUUCGAGUAGACUCCUUAGCAAUAGAAUUCGUUUCAAAUAUUUCCUUCGCACGAUUUCUUCCGACACCCUGAUGGCAAGAGCUGUCAUCGAUUUCUUACGCGAGUUAAAUUGGAAUUUAGUCCACGUUUUGUAUUCAGACACAGACUAUGGGCGAUCUGCAUUCGAGACUUUUGAUCAUGUUCUCUCAGCUUCCACUGGCACGAAAAUUUGUUUGGCAGUGAAAAGAACAUUUACACAACAUGCAAACUCUCACGAAAUCGUGGCUUUCCUCACGGAAAUGCAAGAGAAGCAAAACGCGAAAGCUAAAGUGGUGCUUCUUUUUACGACAAUCGGAGACACAGAGUUUAUCUUGAGCCAUUUCAAAAAACUCAACAUGAAGGAUUAUGUUUUUAUUGCAACCGACCAUUAUGCUGGACGUAUAAGCAGGUUUAACAGUUCACCCCAAAUGUUGCGACGCAUUGUUGGCGUAACACCACGUAAGGGAAACACAAAAGGCUUCGAAAACUUUUUUCAAAAGGUAUUAAAAACAGGGAAACUGAGCCAAUGUCCAUGGUUUCACGAGUUUAAACAACAUUAUUUGAAACUCUCUGUAGAAAUAUCCACGUAUGUUCCUUACGUUAUUGAUGCGGUGUAUGCAACGGCCUAUGGUCUACACAACCUUUUGAAUUGCACACGAGAGAAAAGCUGCCAAUAUCCCGCCGACGAAUUUCCGAGUUUGAACAGGGACGAUGGUUUUCUCAAAAGCAUUCAAAAUGUCAAGUUCCCAGGAUUGUCACGCGAUCAAGUUUCUUUCGACGCUAAUGGCAACGGCUUGGGUGCUUAUGACAUCACGGUGGUCAACACAGAGACGGAACAAUGGGAACCAAUCGGGAGCUGGGUCUCUAAUACGUCCAACGUGCUUGAUCUACCCGUGAAUGUGUCAUUUCUUGACUUGGACUUGACAAAACUGAGAACGUUAUGGAGAAAGGUAUUUAACAGCACCGUUGAGCCCACUUCAUUUUGCGGUCAGCAAUGCCCACCAGGACAUUGGAUGGUUUCAGAUGAACGUUACCAGAGCUGCUGUUGGAAGUGUGCCCCAUGCUCCACCAAUGAGAUUUCUCACAAUCCUGUGAACGGCUCAUGUAAGCGCUGUCCUCCUCGCUAUUGGCCAAACGCGAACCGCACUGCCUGUUUACCCAUAAUUCCAACUACCGUCAAGCUGAGUGACCCAGCCGGUAUAUCGGUUGGCGUGGUUGCAGCGUUAGGUGGUCUGGGCGUGUUGUCUAUCACGAUUGUUUUCUUUCGUCAUGGUAAUACACACGUGGUCCGUGCGUCCAGCAAAGUCCUUAGCUACAUCAUGCUUUUUGGAAUAUCUUUGGGUUAUUUGGCGGCUGUUUUGAUUUUGCUGGAAAGAACAAAAACUCUAUGCCAAGUCGUGCUGUUUUUGUUUAGUAUCGGGUUCUGUAUCGUGGUGGGAACACUACUGAUUAAGACAAAUCGGAUACACCGGAUAUUUAGUAAAAAUGCAAUGAGGAAAGGUACCCCACCAUGUUUGAGCGACAGAUGGAUGGUAACCUUCAUAAUCGGCUUUGUUCUCACGGAAACAGUCAUAUGCGUCAUUCUGGUGCUUACCAAUGGUCACCUCACAGAAGUCGUUUAUUCUGACACGAAAAACGAAGCUUUCAUUCAAUGCAAAUUUGCAUCCUUUGCUAAUUACAACAUUGCACUGUGGUGGGGUUUCAAUUGCGGUUUGGUUUUAGUUUGCACGUAUCAAGCCUUCCUCACGAGGAAAGUUCCCGGGAAUUACAACGAAGCGCGCUUCAUAGCUUUUAACAUGAUAACCAUCUCCACAGAUGUGCUGAUGUUUUUCCUUUCCUAUUACGGCACUAAGACGUACUACAAAGACAUUCUUGUAAGUGCUUUCUUGAUCGUGGCAGAUACUGUCACGAUCACGUGUAUGUUUUUACCAAAAGUUUACGUGAUCGUGUUUCGUCCUCAGAAGAACGUGGACUCCAGAUCGACAGUCAGCCUGGGAGCUUUUGAUACUGACGAUGACGAGGGGCAACUCGACAGGAAAAUCAGUAGCAGGUCGAACACGUCAGUGCUAAGUUCUUUGUCAACUCUCAGCGGCAGCCAGGUAGAAACGAGGAAUAACUUAACUUACCACGAAAACAAUCUAGAAAGUAGAAGCAGAAAGAUAUCAUCGGUUCUUACGAACGGUGAUCUCCACAAAUCCUGGAACUCAGAUGGAUGUUGUGAGCGUCCUGAAGUUGAAUCACGUGAUUCAAAUUUGAGCGUGCGCACUGUGCGAUUCGAGGACGAAAUUGAUCCUGAUUUGAUGACAGAUACUCCAACUUUUCACGACAGUUUUCCAGAGCAGUUUGAGUAUCGACGCAGGGAGUCGACUAUCUGAGCUUACUUCUGUCGUAAAGACAGAGAUCUUAACCUGGUUGAUUGUCAUCGAUUUUGAAACUGACUAUUCACCCAUCUAUCCAAGUUUUUGUCUUUCCUUUGUUUAAUAUACUUUCUUCGUCAGUCAGUCAACUAUAGGCCAGUCCAGUCAUUCAUCCAGCCAAUUUUUCUUUUUCAGUAAGUCAGUCGGUGGGUCGACCGGUCGGUCGGUCUAUCAGUCAGUUAGACAGUCUGCCAGUCAGCCAGUCAGUCGGUCAGUAAGUCAGUUGGCCAGUCCAUCAGUCAGUCAUUUAGUUAGCCAUUCGGCUAGUCAGUUAGUCGGUCGGUCAGUGAGUCAGUUAGUCAGUCCAUUAGUUA